GCCCUGUCCCAACGCUCAGGCCUUCCCGCUUGCAGCAAACUUCCUCUUCCCCCCUCCCCAUUUCCAAGCAGGAGGGUGACGCCUCCCGUGCCCGGCUCCCCGUCAGUGCUGCAGACGGCGCAAGCACCGCAGCCAACAUGCAGGCAGUGUGGGUGAUGCUCAUCUGCCUGGCUGCAAUGCCAGGGGCCAGUGCCAGUACCUGCAAGGGCAUUGCAGCAAUCCCAGGACUCCCCGGUGUGCCGGGACGGCCCGGCUCCAAUGGCAGAGAUGGCGAGAACGGCCAUAAGGGAGAGAGAGGUCCGCCCGGCCAGACGGAGGAUCAAGCGGAGCUGGGGGAGAAAGGAGACCCAGGACUCCCAGGCUUCCCUGGGAAAGUCGGCCCCAAGGGCCCUGCCGGUUCUAGGGGUGCUCCGGGCCCCAGAGGUGCCCCUGGACGCAAGGGCGAAUCCGGGGACUACAAGACAUCCCUCAAAUCGGCCUUCUCAGCUUCCAGGACCAUUAACAUGCUCCCCCGCCGGGACCAGCCCAUCCGCUUCGACCGCGUCAUCACCAACGAGAACGGCCACUACGAGAACAGGUACGGCCGCUUCACCUGCAAGAUCCCGGGGCUCUACUACUUCACCUACCACGCCACGUCCAGGGGCAACCUCUGCGUCAACAUCAAGAAGGGCAAAGGGAACCGGGGGGAGAAGGUGGUGACCUUCUGCGACUACGUGCACAACACCUACCAGGUCACCACGGGCGGCGUGGUGCUGAAGGUGAAAGCAGACGAGUCCGUCUGGCUGGAGCCCACCGAGAAAAACUCCCUGGUGGGAAUCGAAGGGGCCGACAGCAUCUUUUCGGGGUUCCUGCUCUUCCCCGACAACUAGCAGCCCCGGGAGGGUCAGUCGUGGGCUCCCCAUGGCAUAUGCAUCAGCCAAACUAUCUGCUCUGCAGCCUGCUAAGACCCUGCCGGGCACCGCGCAGGCUGGAGACCCAGGCUGUGCUCCGAGCUGCGCGGGGUGCUCCGUUUGCCAGGCCCAUUGCACCAGGCUCUGCAUCGUGUUGUGUUGUGCACCCGUCUCACUGCUUGGACUUGCUCCUGGCUCAUCCUCUGCUUCAGCAAGCAGCUUCACAGCAGCGAUUGUGGAAACCACCGCCCCAGGAGAGCUAUUGCAGAGUCUCAGUGCAAUGCCCGCGACUCCUGAGGUGGUUCAUCCUCUCAGCCCAUCUCGAGGGGACCAGUGGGCACUGUGCAGUGGACUGCAUCAUUUGUUGGGGAGGGGUGGCCCACUCGGCUGUGCCGGCUGCUUUUUCCGCUAUAGCGCCUUGCUGAUGCUUGCAUGCUUGCAGCCACGGCGGUGUGCUUCCGGUCAGACUCCCCUGAGCUCCUGCCUGGCACGGUGCUUCAAAGCAAGCCCUCUGCAUAAUGCUGACCUUUGCAGUGCAGAAAUGCCACCUUCCUUGACCAAGGUCAAGGCGUCUCUGGCCUGGAGCCAGCCUGGGCAGUGCUGUGAGAGGCUCGUUCUCCAGUCCAGAGAAGGAUUCUCCACCCCUCCUCAGCCUGCAGCUUUCAUUUGGCUUCUUCUUGCUCCUGGCAGAUGCUACCCUUUCAAAUAAGGAAAACCAGUAACAGCGAAGGGUCCCAGAAGGUCUAGCCAGGUGGGAGUCCUUCUGGCAAUGGGGAUUACCCAUCAUGAAUGCCAGUGUGAAAGUCAUGGGACAGUAGGAAAAGACCACACCAUCAGAGCCCGUGGUGGACAUUUAGAGGCCCCCUCCAUCCCCUGCCUCUCUGGACGUAGCGAGACCUGGCUGUGAUGUACUCAGGCCUUUGCGCUGCAGGGCAGUGAUGUGAACAGGUGUAAGGCGCAGUCCCCAGGAGGGACCAAGCCCGGGAACAACGUGGGACUGGGACUCGGAAAGAUCUGGAUUUUGCUUAUCAGCUGAUCCUGAGGAUGCUGAAUGAAGCGGGCCUGACACCGUGCGGCUCCCUGCCGCAGCCGGCAGGAGAGAGGAAGUCUCCGGCUCUGCCACGUCCGUGAGGACACAAGUAGGCCCUGGCCAGCACGGUGCUGGGUCCCUGCUGUCUUCUUGCAGCUGGUGCUGCUGUCCCGGGGGUUGCGCAUGCUAACGUGGGUCUCAUUCUUUGCCAGGGCCCCUGCUGAGCAAAGCUAGUCAAUAAAUGCAAUGUUUGCUAUUGA